AUGGUUCGAGGAUGCUUCUGUGACUGCUUUGGUCCGAUGGUUCGAGCACGAGCUGAAAGCCUCGACAAACCACUGGAUCCAGAAGAUGUGAAGAAAUGCUUAGAGAAGUAUCGUGCCUACGAGGCUCGACAGGAAAUGAUGGUGUCUGAGCAGCAACGUCCAUUGAUACCAACCAUUAGCAGCUCAUGUGCAGGUCCUUACGAUAAUGCCAUAUUACCGACGGCUCCUCCCAUGAAUCUCGACUAUCGGCCGCCAUCUCCACCACCCUCUUAUAGCUCAGUUGCAGGCAGUAUAGACCUGUCUCCAUCUGUAGCACAUUCACGGUUGUAA